AAAACAACCCAAUGAUAAGCCACAUGGUGUGUUUUUGAGUGUGUUCCCUCUCCUCCGCUCUCUUUCUUCCCGGCGACGAUGUUUGCGGCGAGAGUAUUAAGAGCUUCCAUUAAACCUUUGCUCCAAGGAAGACACAGCUCCUCUCUAAUCCGAAACCGUGAAGUUGUAUCGAUUUCUAGGCGGGUUGUACUUGAUGAUGAUAGAUUCAACAGUGGGGAUGGCUUGCGAUUUACUGGAAACCGAGAAAGAACUAAACUUUUCAACCGGGAAGUUCAUAGUAGUUCCACACAGUGUUAUUCCUCGGAAUCUGAUGUAGGUGUGAAAACUCACACGACUAUGGAUGAUCUUUUCUCAGAGCUGGGUUCUGUGCAGAAAGACAUGGACCAUAAUGUGGUUAUAAAGCUGUUAACUAAGAAGCCUGAGACUUCUCAAGUUGAGAAACCAGAGCUUUCUCAGAAGACUAAAGGCAAGAAGAAGAUUAAUAAGAAGAAGAAACAAGGUUCUGAUUCUGUUUCCAAGUUUAAGUUGUUGACAGAAAAGCCUGAAGCCUCUUGGAAGAGUAAUGGCAAGAGCAAGGCAGAAACACAUGCUUCUUCGCCAGCAACAAGUGUUACGGAUACAUUCUCCAAGCCAACCGAGUCACUGUUUCCAAUUCCAGAUCACGAAUCCAAGGCUCAAAGCAUAAUCAGUCCUGGUUCCGAGGCCAAAAAUGAAACUGUCUCCAAUGUUUCUUCUACCUCUGAUACACUUUCAAACCAUCCCACUUCGGUACUGGUUAUAAGGAUUAGUAAUCUGAACUCGAAAACGACUGAUUCAGAGAUACACUCAAGGUGCUUGUCUAUUGGCUCUCUCGAGGGGCUUGCUAGAGUUAGCGAGGACAGUGUUGACGUUUCCUUUCGAGCUACAAACAUGAACGAGGCAAAUUCAAUACUGAAAAAGCUAAACAAAGCAACCGUAGAUCAUUCUCAAUGGACGGCUGAGAUUGUACCAGAAGCUGAAGAAGCUUCUAUAGAUCAAAUGGGUGUGAAGAUCGGUAGUUCUUUCGAAGAUAUGAAGAAUCAACUAAUAAUGCGACAGAUUCUUGUGAAAGACUUGGAAACGUUGGUUCACACGGUAGUACAUCUGGAGAAUCAUCCAAUGGAUCGAGAAGGAAACUAAAGCUUUGCAAUGUUCUCAAAGAAGCCUGAUGGCGCUUUUGCGUAUUUGUCGAGUCUGUAGUUCCCUUGAUAAUCAAAUUGAUUUUGGGUUAGUGUGAUAAAAUUUUAAAGUUAGGGACUGUAACGAAACUAUCACAAAUUACAGGAUGGAAUGAAGUUUUUGAAGCC